AUGGCGAAGAGGCCGCGUAUCUUGAUCUACGGCGCGACGGACGGUUACCGGCACGACAGCAUCUUGACCGCCGUCGAAGCGCUCAAGCAAUCGGCGAGUGACAUCGACGUCGACGUCGACGCUACGGAAGACAAAGGCUGGUUCCGCGACGAUGUUCUCUCUCGGUACGACGCGGUCGUGUUCUUGAGCACCAUCGGCGAAGUUCUUGACGACGCGGGCAAGGGCGCGCUACGCAUGUAUUUCGACGGAGGCGGCAACUUCGUCGGCGUCCGUUGCGCCUCGGCUUCUCUCUGCCAGGACGAGUUCUUCCUCGACCGAGUGGCACGAAGCGCCUCCCCCCGACGCUGGGCCGUGUUCGACGAGGUCUACAACUUCCGCUCGGACCCGCGCGCGCCCGGAGCGUCCGUGGUCCUGACGGUCGACGAGUCCACAUACGUGGACGAAGGGACGAGGCGUUUCGACCGUGGAUCACCGCAUCCAAUCGCUUGCACCCCGGAGAGCGGACGGCCGGGUUGCAGCUUCUACACGGCGCUGGGGCAUACCGAAGAGAUCUGGCACGACGAGCGGUUUCUCUCGCACGUCCUCGGAGGAAUUGUCUGGUCGAUUGAACGAACCGCUGGCCACGGGAUGUAG